CUCGCUCCACGCGCGCCCGCACGCGGCGGCCAGGCUUGCGCGCGUCUCCCCGUGGACGGACUCCUGGGCAAGAUGGAGUGGGUGUGGGCGCUCGUGCUGCUGGCGGCGCUGGGCAGCGGCCAAGCGGAGCGCGACUGCCGGGUGAGCACCUUCCGAGUCAAGGAGAACUUCGACAAGGCUCGUUUCGCAGGCACCUGGUACGCCAUGGCCAAGAAGGACCCCGAGGGUCUCUUUCUGCAGGACAACAUCGUCGCCGAGUUCUCCGUGGACGAGAACGGCCACAUGAGCGCCACAGCCAAGGGCCGAGUCCGGCUUCUGAAUAACUGGGACGUGUGCGCGGACAUGGUGGGCACCUUCACAGACACCGAAGACCCUGCGAAGUUCAAGAUGAAGUACUGGGGUGUGGCCUCCUUUCUCCAGAGAGGAAAUGAUGACCACUGGAUCAUCGACACAGACUACGACACAUUCGCCCUGCAGUACUCCUGCCGCCUCCUCAACCUGGACGGGACCUGUGCUGACAGCUACUCCUUCGUCUUCUCCCGUGAUCCCAACGGCCUGCCUGCCGAUGUGCAGAAACUGGUGAGGCAGCGGCAGGAGGAGCUGUGCCUGAGCCGGCAGUACAGGCUGAUCCUGCACAACGGUUACUGCGAUGGCAAGUCAGUAAGAAAUCUCUUGUAGCAACACCAAGCAUGCACAGUUUUAUUUGAAAAUUUCCAGUUCGCUCUCUUUCGGUCUUUGAAUUCUAUUUAUCUUUGGAGUUUCAUCAGCCCCUUUUGCCUCACUUCCAUGGGUAAACACAGCACCUUCAGGACUCAGAAGAACACAUGUGAGAAAGGCAGAUCCCUUUGUGGUCAAAUGUGUAUCUUCUCCAAAGUUUUUGGAUGGCGUUUGAGGAUUAGAGUCCCAGACUUUAUUAAAACAGUCAUUGGCUUCCACUGA